AUGGACUUGUACGGUCGGGCCCCUGCCAGGAAUGGAUCCAACCCGGUGAACCAACCCGAAUGGCGCUCACCGGGCAUAGACUCUGCUCUCGAAGAAUCCAUGUGGCAUUUAACGCUGGGUGGCGGCGAAUCUUACCCUGAGCGGCCCGGCGUGCCCAAUUGUGUGUAUUAUAUGCGAACCGGUGUUUGUGGAUAUGGUAGCAGGUGUCGUUACAAUCACCCUCGUGAUCGUGCUGCGGUAACCCUUUCCAUCACUUUGAGAUUCUGCAUUAGGUUAGAGUUUCAUGCAAGUGUCUUGUUGCUGUUGGUUGCUGCCGCGGUGAGAGCUACAGGGGAGUACCCAGAACGGGUGGGGGAACCUCCAUGUCAGUAUUAUUUAAAGACUGGAACCUGUAAAUUUGGUGCAUCCUGUAAAUUCCACCAUCCAAAAAAUGGAGGUGGAUAUUUAAGUCAAGCUUCACUAAAUACUUAUGGAUACCCACUACGGCCGGGUGAGAAAGAGUGCUCCUACUAUUUGAAAACGGGGCAGUGCAAAUUUGGUAUAACUUGUAAAUUCCAUCAUCCUCAACCUGCUGGCACACCAUUGCCAGCAUCUGCACCUCAAUUUUAUCAACAGGUGCAGUCUCCGACUGUUCCUCUGCCUGAACAGUAUGGCGGAGCUUCCACAAACUUGAGAGUGGCCAGGCCUCCUGUAAUGUCCGGUUCAUAUGUACAAGGGGCUUAUGGUCCUGUACUUCUUUCUCCAGGGGUUGUCCAAUUUCCUGGAUGGAGUCAUUAUUCGGCACCUGUAAGUCCUGUGCUAUCUCCUGGUGCUCAACCUGGUGUCGGGGCCACUUCUUUAUAUGGAGUGACCCAAUUGUCAUCAACAACAUCAGCUUUUGCUAGACCAUAUACUCCUCUGUCCUCUACUACAGGCCCUUCAGGAAAUAUCCCGAAGGAUCAAUUAUUUCCUGAAAGACCUGGUGAAUCUGAAUGUCAAUACUAUCUGAGAACAGGGGACUGUAAAUUUGGAUUAGCUUGUCGAUACCAUCAUCCUAGGGACCAUAUUGUGGCACAGCCACUUCUUAGCCCAAUUGGACUUCCUUUACGUCCGCGUGGCUUCAGUUGCACUAGGAUGAACAUGGACAGCAAUGGAUCAGGAGUAAGAGACAAUAUUCAACUUCUGCUUUGCACAAUUGUAGAGUUGGCCCUUGACACUUCCACUGAAAAGGCCAAUGUAGUUAUGCCCAUGAUGCCAAAAUUUGUGGGGGUACAACCUUGUGCUUUUUAUUUGCAAAAUGGGCAUUGCAAGUUUGGCUCCACGUGCAAAUUUGACCAUCCUUUGGGAUCUUUGAGCUUCAGUCCGUCGGUAUCUUCUUUCAUUGAUGUGCCAGUUACUCCAUACCCAGUUGGGUCUUUGCUGUCUCAGCUGGCUCCUUCAACAACAUCUUCAGAGCUUCGGCCUGAACUGAUGUCAGGGUCCAAAAAGGAAUCCCUUUCAGCCAGAAUACCUUCUUCUGGUAGUUCUGUCGGUCUAAUUUUCUCACAAGGUGGGUCUGUCUCGCUUUCUGAUGUGCCACUCUCAAGUCAGAGUUCUGCCCCUCUAAGCAGUAGCAGAAGCACCAGACAAAGCAUCCUCAAUCUUUUGAUGGCAAUUGUUCAAAGUUUCACUGUCGGUGUUGAGAAUUCAUCAUCCAAUCCUGUUUAG